UCCUCUUAACCGAUCCGAUUGAUAUAUUUCUAGGAGCCUGCAGGUAGAGAGAGUCACCAGAUGGACAGCCCAUUGUUGGAGAUGGGGAAGAAGAUGGAGAUGAUCAAGCUUUUUCUUGUGGGGCUUUCCAUCCUCCUAGGGUGCACCCAGGCGGCCGCCCAUGGGCACGAGAGCAGCGGUGGUAGGAGGAGGCUUGCGGCGGCACCCAACCUGCCGGUGCCUAUCACCCUCCUCACAUCGGCCGUCAACAAGGGAGCCGUGUGCAUCGAUGGGACACCACCGGCUUACCACAUGGACCCGGGCUUCGGUGCAGGGAAGAACAGAUGGAUCAUCGACCUAGAGGGAGGCGGCUGGUGCGACAGCGUGGCCGGAUGCCUGUAUCGCAAGGCGAGCCGCCUCGGGUCGUCAAAUCUUAUGGACAAGCAGAUGUACUUCGCGGGCAUCCUGAGCUCCAGCCCUGUCGACAACCCUGAUUUCUACAACUGGAACCGGGUGAUGAUCCGGUACUGCGACGGCGCGUCUUUCGCCGGCGAAGGCUAUGACGCCCGCAACAGACUGUAUUUCCGGGGCCAGCGCAUCUUCAACGCCGCCAUUCAGUACUUCCUCUCCAUUGGGAUGGCCUCCGCAGACCAAGUGCUAUUGACUGGCACCUCCGCUGGGGCGCUAGCGGUGAUGCUGCAUUGCGACCAGUUCAGCGCCUUCUUCGCCAGCCGGAGAACCACCGUCAAGUGCCUCGCCGAUGCAGGGCUCUUCCUCGACGCCGUGGACGUCUCCGGCGGCCGUACCUUGAGAUCCUACUAUGGGCGCGUCAUAGCCACCCAUGGAGUGGCUCAGAACCUGCCCAAGAGUUGCACUGCUCGUCUCGACGCCACAUCGUGCUUCUUCCCACAAAAUAUAAUCGGCCGCAUAAAUACCCCGAUAUUCCUGCUAAAUGCGGCCUACGAUACAUGGCAGAUCCGGGAAAGCCUUGCCCCAAACGUGGCUGACCACAACGGCGCCUGGCGAGCCUGUAAGUCCAACCGCUUAGCCUGCGACGCAUCCCAGAUCACAUUCUUGCAAGCUUUCAGGGGCCAGAUGGUGGCGACUGUUCAAGGUUUCUCCGGUUCCAAGCACAGCAACGGGUUCUUCAUAAACUCAUGCUUCAUUCACGGCCAGUCCGAGAACCAUGCCACCUGGAACGCGAAUGGCUCUCCUGCUAUUCAAAACAAGGAUAUCGGGAAAUCUGUGGGUGACUGGUACUUUGGGCGGGCGGAAGUGAAGGCCAUCGAUUGCCCAUACCCCUGCGACAAUACAUGCCAUCACGACAUGUGAGAAAAACUGAUUUGAUAAAAACAACAAGGAGCAGUACACUACAGCAGAGUGAUUGCUCUUACCAUGUCUUGUACCAAGUGAUAAGGGAUUAACUAGUCAAUGCCUACAAAUUGUAGACUAGAGUUUUGUUGGAAGUAGAGAGCAAGUAGAUCUCGAAGGUUUC